UUAAUGGUUUUGAGAGAUCUCUUUAAACUCCAAUGAACAAAUCAAAGCUCUUCUUUUCUCUUUUCUUCUUGUUAUUAUCAUCUCAGCAUCAUCAUCUUCUUCUUCUUCUUAGAGUUGUUGCAAUUGAUGAUAGAUUAAUAGCACCAAGCCAAUCAAUCACAGUGAACCAAACUCUAGUCUCACAUGGAGGAGUCUUUGAGCUUGGUUUCUUCUCUUCUUCAAACUCAACCACCAUUGAUCAUCAACCUCUUUACUACCUUGGCAUUUGGUACCAUAAUCUCCCAGUCAGAACCAUUGUUUGGGUGGCAAACAGAGAUAAGCCUCUCAAAAACUCAAGAGGGAAACUCACAUUCAUCAAAGAUGGUAACCUUGCUGUAGUAGAUGGCAAUGGUGACAUUCUCUGGUCAUCCAGAGUCAAUCCUUCUUCUCUUUCAAAUGAAAUAAAUGCGGUGCUGUUGGACUCUGGAAACUUUGUGCUCCAACAAAAUAGCACAUAUAUAUGGCAGAGUUUCGACAUGCCCACCGAUACUUUCUUACCGAACAUGCUUCUCCGGUCGAACAUGAAGACCGGAGAAGCGCAGAGGAUAAGUUCAUGGAUGAGCUUUGAUAACCCGGCACCAGGGAACUUCUCUUUCGGCAUUGAUCCAAAGAAUUCUCUUCAAAUAGUUAUAUGGCAAGGAUCAAACACUCCUCAUUGGAGAAGCCAUGUAUGGAAUGGGAAGUCAUUGAGUGGAACUCGUGAGACAAAUGCAACUUCACAGUAUGUUCUCAAGGUGGCAGUGGACAACAAUGUGAUCUCUAUCAUGUUUAGUCCUACACAAGGGACAGCUCAAGCAAGAUAUGUGCUUGAACCAACUGGUACACUGAAGAUGGUGGUGUGGAAUGAACCUGUGAAGAAUUGGAGUUUGGUUUGGUCUAGGCCAAGCAAGCCUUGUGAUUCUUAUGAUGUUUGUGGUCCUUCUGGGUACUGUGAUAGUAGUGUGCUGUCUUUGUUGCCUCAGUGUAAAUGUUUUCCAGGAUUUAAGCCAAGAGAUGAGGAGGAGUGGAAGCUUGGGAAUUAUUCUCAAGGGUGUGUGAGGAGAGUGGCAUUGAGUUGUGAUAAUGGAGAUAAGUUUUGGAAGAUGGAGAGGAUGAAAUUGCCUGAUAGAUUGACAUUGUUGAGCAACAAGAGUUUGAUGGAAUGCCAAUCUGAGUGUUUGACUUCAUGCACUUGUACUGCUUAUGCUUAUUCUUCUGUGACUGGAGGUGGGAGUAGCCAGAGGUGUUUAGUUUGGGUAGAUGAGUUGAUGGACCUUGAGCAUGUCUCUAAUGGUGGAGAAGAUCUAAAUGUUCGUCUUGUGGCUUCUGAACUUGUGUUUACUAACUCAACAGAGUUGAACAAUAAUGAGAAGAAGAGUCGGAGUUUACUUGUCAUUGUAUUGCCAAUUGUUGCUGGUUUGAUUCUCAUUUUUGGGUGUUUGUGUUGUUUUCUUUGGAGAAGAAGGAUGUACAUUAAAGGAAAGAAAGAAGCAAAGAAGGGAUUGUUGUUUGGUGAUUUAAGUGGCAAGAAUGAAAUGGAGAUUCCUCUGUUAGACUACAACACAAUAAUGGCUGCCACCAAUAACUUCGCCUUUGUAAACAAGCUCGGAGAAGGUGGCUUUGGCCCUGUCUACAAGGGAAACUUGCAAGGACAAGAGAUAGCAGUAAAAAAACUGUCUAAGAGUUCAGGACAAGGCUAUGAAGAGUUCAAGAAUGAAGUUGAACUCAUUGCUAGACUCCAACACACAAAUCUUGUUCGCCUUAUGGGUUGGUGCAUGGAUGAGGAUGAAAAACUACUCAUCUAUGAAUAUCUGCCGAACAAAAGCUUGGACAAGUUCUUAUUUGAUACAGCCAAAUCCGCAAGCUUAGAUUGGCGGAAACGGUAUCAAAUCAUCGAAGGCAUCGCACAAGGGCUCCUCUACCUUCACCGGUACUCGAGGCUGCGCAUAAUUCACAGAGAUCUGAAGACCAGUAACAUACUCUUGGAUGGUGCAUUAAACCCCAAAAUCUCCGACUUUGGUUUGGCAAGGAUCUUCGGAGGAAAUCAAACAGAAGCUAAUACUAAAAGAGUGGUCGGAACAUAUGGAUAUAUGUCACCGGAGUACGCUUUUGAUGGUGUUUUCUCAGAGAAAUCCGAUGUUUUCAGCUUCGGAGUAAUAGUUCUUGAGAUUGUCUCCGGAAAAAGAAGUACUGGGUUUUAUGCAAACAAUAACCUUCUUGGCUAUGCUUGGCAAUUGUGGGAAGAAGGCAGAGGUCUCCAGCUUCUCGACAACGAAUUAGGGAGCUCAUUGUGUGCUUCUGAAGUGAUGAGAUGCAUUCAAAUUGGAUUGUUGUGCAUUCAGGAAAAUUCUGCAGAUAGGCCAGCAAUGUCUGCUGUUAUUUCAAUGUUGACCAAUGAUAACAUUACACUUCCUUCACCCAAACAACCUGCAUUUGCAGUUGGGAGGCAUCCAGAUCCAGAAAGUGUGAAUUCAGCUUCAAUUGCAUCAAUAGAAUCUGUAAAUGAGGUAACUUUGAGUGUUGUUGAUGCACGGUAAUUUUUGUAGUUUUAAUCUGUUGGAAUUCUGCAGAAACAUGAAUUUCAAUGUGAUUUCUUAGAUGUGAAUCUGUGAUUAUGAAGUUUUGGAAUAGAAAUGCAGUUAAGAAUAUGUAAUUAGGCUGAAUUAGCUGCUUAUUAAAUAAAAGAAUAAGAAAAG